AUGUCGACACAACAGAGUUCCGACCUGUUCAGCGAAGGCAAGCACGAGGGUUUCUCCAAAUAUGUUAAACGCAUAAGAACCGCAAUGAGGAGGACCUCUACCAUCAAGACAUUUCCAACGCUACGUACGUCCGACCUCUCUCCUUUCCCCUUACAAUUGUCAACAUUGCCCCAAUACUUACUUCGGGCCAGCCUGACAGCUACUCCUCUCCCACCUGCCAUCAGUGUGUCCCCCAAUGCGACCGUACUUUACAACUGGGGAGUCAUCCAAGAACAGAAGGCGCGCGCCUUGUUCGCAAAGUAUGGACUAGCCAUCGAGCCGGGAGAAUGGAAGGCGCCUAGCGACAUGACCGUGCAGCGAGUGGUGAGGCCGAUCCGUAUGCGAGUCCGCCGUACCUGCCACCGCUGCCAGACCAUUUUCGGGCCCAACAAAGCUUGCGUCAAUUGUCAACAUGUUCGCUGCACAAGCUGUCCGCGGGACCCCAUUACGAAGCCCGACGACAAACAGGCACAGACUGAAGCCGCACUCCAAACCCUCCUGUCGCAAAAGACGCCUGAGAUUGCCCCGGCGCCGCGCCAAUCCAAAGAACCUCGCCUGACCUUACCCUCACGUACCGGUGGCCAGGAUUUGGUCCACAAUCCACCUCGCCAGAGAAUUCGGCGAACUUGCCAUCGCUGCAACACCGUUUUCGCGGCAGAUGCUAUGGAAUGCAAUACUUGCAGACACAUUCGCUGUACUCUGUGCCCUCGCGAGCCGGCGAAGCUUAACAAAUACCCGAAUGGUUAUCCCGGAGACGCCGAGCCUCCCUCGGAACUACCUGCACGGACAUGGAAGAAGCCCCGGCAACGGGUUCGAUACUUCUGUCACCGCUGCAACAACGUACUACAAUCGCGAGAAACCAUUUGCUCCCAUUGCGGGCAAGAGAAAUGUGACGAGACCAUACGAGAUCCGAAACGCAAAGAAAGGCCAAAACCCGACCCUGAGAUAUCGAAACGAGUCGAAGAACGAUUGGCGCAUGCGAAGAUAGUGAGCACGGGAUCAAUGGAACGCUGA